UGCUAGAGAACGAAAUGGCGUGAAGGGUUGCAUUUCAACGAAUUUUUCAGUUUUACACAACCUUCCAGUUUUUACCGUUGACCUUAACAUGUGACAAGCGGAAGAUAGACAAUUGAGGUGUUUAAUUAUCAGCGUAGUCCUGUGUGGUAUUUGUAAUAACAGAAAUGAGCGUAGAUGCGUAUGGACCCAGCUCGCAAACUUUGACUUUCCUGGAUACCGAAGAAACCGACCUUCUGGGCGCAGAUACACAAGGAUCCGACUUCGACUUCACAGAUUUUACCCUUCCGUCCCAGACCCAGUCUCAAACUCAAGCCUCUCAGCUUGAUGGGGGACAGAGUCAGAGCCAAGGCCAGGUGAAUGGUAUCGAUGGACCACUGCAGAAUGGGAUUGAUGGAGGAAUCACGGGCAUCACCCAGGGUGUGGGUGAGCUCAACUUUGAGGAGGAAGAAGAGGAACAGUUUUAUAUGAAAGAUCUUCCAAAAUAUGCAUGCCGCUUAUUGUGGAAUUCACGACCCCCGCCUGUGUGGUGUUCUGCAACACAACGAAGAAGUGGUUCUGUAAUGGCCGUGGCAAUACAUCAGGAAGCCACAUCAUCAACCAUUUGGUCCCGAGCAAAGGCAAAGGAAGUGACUCUUCACAAGGAUGGCCCACUGGGAGAGACGGUGCUUGAGUGUUACAACUGUGGUUGUCGGAACGUCUUUCUGCUUGGCUUCAUCCCAGCCAAGGCAGACUCGGUCGUUGUCCUGCUGUGUCGUCAUCCCUGUGCUACCCUCAGCAAUCUCAAGGACAUGAACUGGGAUCCCAGUCAGUGGCAACCACUGAUACAAGACCGGCAGUUCCUGUCCUGGCUGGUGAAAGUACCCUCUGACCAGGAUCAGAUGCGGGCCAGGCAGAUCUCGGCUCAGCAGAUCAACAAGCUGGAGGAGCUAUGGAAGGAAAACCCAGAUGCAAAACUAGAAGAUCUUGAGAAACCAGGAGUAGAUGAAGAGCCACAGCAGGUACUUCUCAGGUAUGAUGAUGCAUACCAGUAUCAGAACAUCUUUGGUCCCCUGGUGAAGCAUGAAGCUGACUAUGACAAGAAGCUGAAGGAGUCCCAGACACAAGAUAACAUUGUGGCUCGCUGGGAUGUCGGCCUCAACAAGAAGAGGAUUGCAUACUUUCACUUGUCCUCCGCCAAUGAUGAGAUGAAACUGAUGCAUGGAGAUGAGUUGCGACUACGUUACAUCGGAGAGUUGCACAAACCAUGGUCUGGUGUUGGCCACGUCAUCAAGAUUCCAGACAAUUACAGCGAUGAAGUUGCAAUCGAACUCAAGAGCAAUGCAGGUGUACCAACAGAGUGUACUCAUAACUUUGUAGUGGAUUUUGUGUGGAAGUCAACAUCUUUUGACAGGAUGCAGGCAGCACUGAAGACUUUUGCCGUAGAUGAGACGUCAGUGUGGGGCUACAUCUACCACAAGCUACUUGGCCAUGAGGUGGAGGAUGUGGUACUCAAGUGUCAGCUGCCGAAGGGCUUCUCUGCCCCAGGCCUGCCUGAGCUGAACCACUCUCAGGUGUAUGCUGUGAAGACUGUAUUGCAGAGACCUACAAGCCUUAUCCAGGGGCCCCCUGGAACUGGUAAGACUGUGACAUCAGCUACAAUUGUGUACCAUCUUGUAAAGCAAAACAAUGGUCCUGUCCUGGUGUGUGCACCUUCCAACAUUGCUGUGGAUCAGCUGACUGAAAAGAUCCAUCGCACAGGACUCAAGGUUGUGCGACUUUGUGCAAAGAGUAGGGAAGCCAUCGACUCGCCUGUAUCCUUCCUUGCACUGCACAAUCAGAUCAGGAACAUGGAGAGUGUGCCAGAGUUGCAGAAGCUGCAGCAGCUGAAGGAUGAGACAGGAGAGUUGUCCUCCCAGGAUGAGAAGAGGUAUCGUGCCCUGAAGAAACAGUGUGAGAAGGAGCUACUGCAGGCUGCUGAUGUGAUUUGCUGCACAUGUGUUGGAGCUGGGGAUCCUCGCCUUGCCAAGAUGCAGUUCCGAUCUGUGCUGAUCGAUGAGAGCACACAAGCCACGGAGCCGGAGUGUAUGAUCCCCGUCAUACUGGGAUGUAGACAGCUGAUCCUGGUAGGUGACCACUGCCAGCUGGGGCCUGUCGUGAUGUGCAAGAAAGCAGCACGGGCAGGUCUGUCUCAGUCCCUGUUUGAGAGACUGGUUGUCCUGGGCAUCAGACCCAUCAGGCUGCAGGUCCAGUACCGUAUGCAUCCCGCACUCAGCGCCUUCCCCUCCAACAUCUUCUAUGAGGGCUCACUGCAGAAUGGAGUCACAGCAGCGGAACGUAGCAGGAAGAACCUGGAUUUCCCCUACCCUCAACCAGACAAGCCAAUGUUCUUCUACUGUACAUCUGGCCAGGAAGAGAUUUCCAGCUCUGGAACUUCCUACCUCAACAGAACUGAGGCUGCCAAUGUAGAAAAACUGACAACACGAUUUCUGCGGUCUGGCAUCAAGCCUGAGCAGAUCGGUAUCAUCACACCAUACGAAGGCCAGCGGGCAUAUCUUGUCCAGUACAUGCAGUACAGUGGAGCACUCAACAAGAAACUCUACCAGGAAAUUGAGGUGGCAAGCGUUGAUGCUUUCCAGGGCCGAGAGAAGGAUUUCAUUGUGCUGUCUUGUGUCCGAUCCAAUGAACACCAAGGAAUUGGAUUCUUGAAUGACCCAAGGCGUCUCAAUGUUGCUCUUACAAGAGCCAGAUACGGCAUCAUUAUUGUUGGAAACCCCAAAGUGUUAUCAAAGCAAACCCUGUGGAACCACCUGUUGACAUACUUCAAGGAACAGAAGUGUCUGGUGGAAGGUCCCCUGAACAACCUCAAGGAGAGCCUCAUCCAGUUCAGCAAACCACGCAAACUCGUCAACACUGCUAAUCCUGGAGGCAGGUUCAUGAGCAACACCAUGUUUGAUGCAAGGGAGGUGCUUAUCCCAGGCAGCAUCUAUGACCGAUCUGUUGGCUACCGUGAGCCUGUGGUGAGGACACACGACCAGCUCAGCUUCAUCGGACCAGAGCGAGCCUACACUGGAGCUGCCCUGAGUCUGCCGGUCCCUGUCAACAUGUUCCUCCCACAGGUGCCCCAACACUUCCAGGCACAACCGAUGCCACAAGCUGGAAACAAGAACAUGCCACCCCCACGUCGGAUGGGUCAGAACCAAAACCAAGGUCGUCGUCAGAAGCCGCCGCGCUACAGCAACAUGCAGCAGAACAUCUCACAGUUCAACUUGUCUGGGUCCCAGAGCCAGGCCAGUCAGGAUGCAUCACAGUCAUUCUCGCAGGGCCCACUGACCCAGGGUCAUCUGUCCAUGAGUCAGCCAUUCCAGAUGAGUCAGCCAGGGCUCUCUGGGCUGUCGCAGGCUGAGCUGUCACAGGAUAGCUUCUUAGCAGAGGACUUCAAGUCGCAGGCUGAUGGCAUGUUGUCGCAGGACUCGACUUACCAGGGAGACCGUAUGUUCUACGCCUCCCAGCUGUCCCAGGGGCCCUUCAACUAGAGGCCAAAGAGUCGACACCAACAUGGUGGGUAUUGCUAUGUGACCAGCAGACGAAGAGUCAGUCAGGUACCAUCUGCAGUGUCUGAUGUCCUCAACCCGCCACCCGCACGUACACGUUCAUACGCCAGUCGGUCGAAAGGCGCAGUCAGUCGCAGCUGUAACGUCACUGUCGUCAUCACUGCGAACAAGCACAACGGCGGCCGUGGAGGGGGAGAGCAGCGAGAGAGAGGAAGAGGCGAUGAGGUGGAGACUGCGCUGAGAGGUUGAAGCGGGGCGCGUGGAGACACCAAGGCUAGAAGUGGACACUGCAAUAUCUGAAUAUCGUCACUCUAAAUACGGAACAACACUGCCUGGUAACAGCCACAUUUUUUGUCUGUGUGUGAGCCAUCCUAUGGUGGCAGCCCAAACGAAUCGAGCAAAAUCUGGUUUGUCAUUGUCGACCAAACCUAAUGGCUUCUGGGGACGUUUGUAACUUUCUUUAUCGAUUGACUUACAGUCUUAAUGCUUCAGUUACAUCCACAUGAUUUUUCCAAUUGUAUGGUUUAUAAAACUAGCUAAUCUAUCAGUGAUUUGGGACUUGGUGUGCAGUUCCGUCAGGUCUGGGUUACUAGGUACAGGGUAUCAGAGUGUUCUGUUUAGACAGUUUGCAAGGAAACAGAUUCUUUUCUUCUUUAUUUUUUUCCAUUUCUUAAUCCAUAACUCAAACGCAGUGGUAGGAAUUUGAGGAACGUUGGAAUUUCCCAGUAUAGUCAGAAAAUGGCGAGGAUCAAACGCAGCUAAAAAAUACUUAUACCUGUGGAGUGAGGGAAGAUCAACAUUAGACAAAGAAAGCUCAGGUACAUUCAGAGAGACAACAGUAACAAUCUUAAUAGGUGUAAUAAAAUACUAUGCCUGUCAUUUAUGCAUGACAUCAGUCUGUUGGGGAAAUUGUCAUUUGCAGCAGUAAAAAAAGAAAUGCAAGCAACUUUGAGCAUUUCAUCUCCCUAUCAAAGGCUCCCAUCAUAAAUCAUCUAUGCAGCCCUUCAAAGCCUGUAGGUAGUAUACAGGACUGUGAUCACAAUCACAUGUUGCAUUGUUGCCUGAAAUGGUGACUGAAAUCACUCCUUAGAGAAAGGUUCAUGUGAUACAACAGCUAUGGAGAGGGCUCCUUUACAUUGUUGUUUGCCGACCAAGACAAGCAAAUCAAGUUUGUAUUUCACAAGCAAAGCAUUGUUUCGUCUUCUAUUCUCAUCUUGUAUCAGAGUACCAAAUGCUUACCUCUUGGUAAAAUGUCGAAACGUGACAACUUGGUUGUAAAUUGCAAUGUAAAAGCCCCUGAAACAUCUUUUGAUUUAGUGUCUGUUGUUGAGUUAGUUCAGUGUUAUAGUAUUGAAUUGUUGUGUUUGAAAAGGAAUUGAUGGUCAAGAAACAUUGCUACCAUGUUAUAUUCUACAACAGUAAAGGCACUUAGUGUUUUUUUACCAUCAGCUGUUUAUUCAAACAUUGAAAGUAUUACAUUGGUGAUGUAGAAAGUACCUUUGAUUGUGAUGUUGUAUUAUUAAGUAUAUAGUGUGGAAUUAACAGUUUCAGGAAUAGGAACAAUAUAAGUAUAAUUUGACCUUAAUCACAAUGAGCUCUGAUGCUCUUAUUCAUUAAGGUUUUCAUUUCUGAACAAUUCAAAAGUUUACAAUUCUGAAGUCUGAAAACUGUCAUAGAAAUUCAAAUUUGUAUAAUGGAAACAGGAAGCCAUUAUCAACCCGGAGAAAUCUGUAGAAUAGAGUUGAGCAAGAACUUUGUCUGUAAAAUAGAUAUCAACUACGUAAGACCUGCAUAAGACAUGAUAUUGACAUCAUCAUCAUCACCACCACAUUGCAUCAUGAAGGGAGCAUGCAUAAGCACAUUAACCCUAUCAGUUGUACUGUGUCUGUUCUGUUUCUAUACUGAGGAGAGAGUAGGCAAUAGUUGGCUUUCAUUCAUCUUAGCCCAGUCACAUGCUGCUGGAUUUGGGUGGAUUUGCCAUGACAUUUGAAACCAUUUCUUGUGUAAAGAAGCCAAUCUUGGAAGAUACGUCUGUCCUGAUAGAUCAGUGAUCCUUGCUAUGCUUUUAUCAGGAAUGUGUCGUGGUACUUGAAUGUCAAAUCCAUUCAUAAUCCCUGCAUGUAGAAAGUAUUGAUGUCAUCUUUUACUAGGGAACAGCAGAUGAAGGUAUCAGAAUGCGGGUAGAAAGCGCCAAAGCUGCCAAGUUGGAAGUGAAUGAUGAAAGAUAUGCUCGAUAAUAUAUUAACACCGUAGAUGCAUAUUUUAUAGAUGUUGGCUUUCCAAUGAAAUGCUCUUUAUAUAUAAUCCAUACCGCUUAUUGUGAUAUUGUAUAUUGGUUUUAUUUCAUGUAUCCUAGUAUUCAGCGUGCAAGUCCCUACACAUUAUUAGCUAAUUUCCUUUGGGUCAUUGUCAGAUUAGAUGGUUCUUUUUUUAAGCUGUUGCCCAGUCAUGAGUAUCCCUCCUUUUGAAGUAUGGUGUAUUCUGUUAUGCUUACUCUGCAGUUGCUUUCUACAAUAAAAAAGAGAAUGAAUGUAAAAGUUGAUUUAGAAUCAUGAUUUGUUUCUGUUUUGUCUCGUACUGUGGAAAAUAGUGUUCAUUGUGGUCUCAAUAAAUGAAAUGCUUGCAGAAUAA